ACACGCACACACACGCGCACACGCACACGCAGACCGGCCGCCGCCGCGAUCCCUGCAACAGCAGCGCCUCCCGGCCGCGGCGCGCACCCCGCUCCGACGCGGCGCUGGUCCUCGUCCCGGCGCGGCCCGUGCGCGGGGUGUUCCCGAAAACAAAGCGCAGGGAGGGUAGAGACAGACCCUGGAAACGCCCGCGCCACGCACGCCCGACCCACAGCUCCUUCCUGGCGUCCGAGUGGCGACGGUGCCCGCGCCGCCGCGAGGGGACAGCCACCUGCCAGUCUGCGCUCGGCGGCGCAGGACGCGCGGCUCGUCGCUGUCCUGUCCCGGCGGUGUCCCGGCUCCGGGCGCCCUCGCCCCAGCUGGUCUGAAGGUCGACCCUCGGCUCCGCGGCGGACCCAUCGCGCCUCGGAGUGUCCCCUGCGGCGCCGGGACCUCGCGAUGGCCCGGGCGCGCGGGCUGCUCUGCCUGUGGCUGGGCUGCUUCUGCCUGAGCCUGGCGCAGGGGGAAAGGCUGGAGCAGCGUCUCCCGGAGCCCCACAAAGCCGUGCCAGGGGACCGCACGGCAGGUGGCGGCCCGAACCCGGAGCUGCAGCCACAAGACAAGGUGUCGGAGCACAUGCUGCGGCUCUACGACAGGUACAGCGGCGGCGGCGGCGGCAGCGUCCAGGUGGCGCGGACUCUGGGCUCCCCAGAGCGAGGCUCGCGGCCCCUGCGCGCCCGGGUCCUGCGCGAAAGCAACACGGUUCGCAGCUUUCGAGCCAGAGCAGCAGGAGCCCUUGAGAGCAGGGGGCUGCAUGUGUUCAAUCUGAGCUCUCUGACCAAGUCCGAAAGUGUCCUGUCUGCCACGCUGCACUUCCCCGCUGGAGAGCCGGUGACCGUCAGCCCGAGCUGCCCGGCCUCCCAGGGCUGCUCCCGUCAUGCUCAGAGGGGACACACUAAGGUCGAGCUCUCUGCGUGGACCCUCACACCCAGCAGAAACCAGAGUCAGCUCCUGGGUCACCUGUCGGUUGACAUGGCCAGGCCCCAUCGAGGUAGCACAGCCUGGCUGUCUAAAGACAUCACUCAGCUCUUAAGGAAGGCCCAGGAAAACCAGCAGCUCCUCCUGGGAUUCAGCACGGCCUCCAAAGGACACCCGCUGCCACAGAGGAUGCCACCUUUUCCGGAGCCUUACAUCUUGGUCUAUGCCAACGAUGCCGCCAUCUCUGAGCCAGAAAGUGUGGUGUCGAGCUUACAGGGACACCGGAACGUUCUCGCCGGAGCUGUGCCCCACCUGGACGGCCACCUCAGAGCCGCCCUCUCUACGGAACGGAGGCAGAAGCGCUCGGCCGCCGUCCUGCUGCCUCUGCAGAACAAUGAGCUUCCUGGGGCCGAGGAUCGGUACAAGGAGGACGGGGUCUGGGAGGAGAGGAAGCCUUACAAGGCCCUGCAGACUCAGCCCCCUGAGAAGGGUAAGAACAAAAAGAAGCAGAGAAAGGGGCCCCACCAGAAGAGCCAGACACUCCAGUUUGAUGAACACACUCUGAAGAAGGCGAGAAGAAAGCAAUGGAUCGAACCUCGGAACUGUGCCCGGAGGUACCUGAAGGUGGACUUCGCAGACAUCGGCUGGAGCGAGUGGAUCAUCUCGCCCAAGUCCUUCGAUGCCUAUUACUGCUCCGGAGCCUGCCAGUUCCCCAUGCCCAAGUCUUUGAAGCCAUCCAAUCACGCCACCAUCCAGAGUAUAGUGAGAGCGGUGGGGGUCGUUCCCGGGAUUCCCGCGCCUUGCUGUGUCCCCGAAAAGAUGUCCUCGCUCAGUAUCUUGUUCUUUGACGAAAAUAAGAAUGUCGUACUUAAAGUAUACCCCAACAUGACAGUAGAGUCUUGCGCUUGCAGAUAACCCGGCAGCGAACUCAUUCAAACGCUUAAUUCAAUCGUUAGUUUAUUUUCAUGGACUUUUUUUUUUUUUUUUUUUUUUUUGUUGCACUGCCAAUGCAUUUUGCUCCAAAAGAUUUUUUCUAUGGUCAUAACAGAAUGAGCAGACAGACUGAAGAUCUCCGUCAAGGAGAACUGGACUGUGUUUGUUUCUGAAUGUAACUGAAAGCAAGAUCUUCGUAAACAUGGGCAUCUAUUUCUCUUUCUUUAAUCACACGCAGAACGCUAUCACUCAAACUGUCGGUAGAACUGUUAGCGAGCACGCCGAUUUAUUUUUGUAAUGGUCUUCGAAAAUAGACUGGAGAAACAGCAACAGCUUAUCAUUGAUCUCCACUCAUUUAAUGGCUAAAGGGAAAUAGGAACUUCAUGUUUUCAUGUAGGCUCCUUGCCUUAGAUUCCUGAGUAACUCAGCAAGUGCUAAAUAGUCCCAUCAACUUUGAUGUUUAGCUUCAAAGUUUUUGAAACUCUUGUUUACUUUUGCUUUUCCUCCGCAAGUCAUCGUGUGAGUAGAGUGUGUGUGUGUGUGUGUGUGUG